AACGCGCGCAAGUCAGCGCCAUGUGUUACACGCGAAUCGAGAUGUCUUCGUGAAAGUUACAAGUUCAAUAAAUUAUAUUUAGGUACACAAAUAAAUCGCAUUGUUGUUGCUUUAUUUUCCAAAAACAAAAGUAGUCGGAAUUGAGAAUCGAGUGAAAACCUGCGGAUUGCAUGGACGGCGCGAUCAGAGUGUGUAGUAUUAACCUCAAUUUUUCUCCAAAUAAAUAUCCAUAAACAAGAGUAAUGAAAAAAUGUGCAAGCGAGAGUAAACUAAUAUCUACCAGAGUAAUUCGCGAACAUGGAGACGCAGUACGUGUACGUAAAAAAGCGCUCGCAGUUCGGCAAGCGCUGCUACUUUUCGGAGCAAGAUAAAUUGGAGCUUGACAUCAAGCCCGAUCCUGCUCUCGCGCACAAUUACAUUCGGUUAGAUCCGGUUACAAGAGGUACGCAAUGUCACAAAGUUUUCGCCGCUCACGAGGUCAACACAACGACGGCCACCUUCAAAGACAGCGGUAUGUUCCACGUAGAAGGUGGUUGGCCGAAGGAUAUCAACAAAGACGAUCAGGAGCAGACAGUCCGUUAUCGACGCAAGAUCGAGAAGGACGAGCUGUACAUCCACACGUUGCUGCAGUUGCUACCGCCGAUGGAACACUGUAUCCUGCAGAACAACGCCUGUAAUAUCUACGAGCAGUACUUUCACGACACCGAACCAACUCAGCUGGUGCAGAGAACCUUCUGUCGAACGGUCAACGUGUACCGGGAUCCACUACCGGUCAAGCGACCGGUUACCCACAUCUCCUGGUCACCCGAUCAGGGAAGUAGAAUCGCUGUUAGUCACUGCAGCACGGAUUUCAAGAAACUCGCUAACUACAGUCCUAUCUCGUAUAUCUGGGAUGUCGAGAACCCAAACAAACCCUUCGUCAAACUCAAGCCUUUCUGUCCUCUUCUGGCGCUCGAAUACAAUCCCAAGGAUAGUAACAUUCUUGUAAGUGGUUUGAGCACUGGACAGGUCGCGUUUUGGGAUAUCCGUCGAAGCUCAGAACUGAUAGACGCGAGUCUGAUGGAGCACAGCCACAGGGAUCCCUGUGACCGGGUUCUCUGGAUCAACUCGAAAACCGGCACUGAGUUUUUCAGCGCCGCCAAAGACGGACAGAUCAAGUGGUGGGACACGAGAAAGCUGUCGGCGCCGCUGGAAACCCUCGUGGUAGAUCUGACGAAGCCGGAAGAGCAAGACCUCGAUAGGGCGAUCGGCGUUUCCGCCUUGCAGUUCGAGCCUUCGAUCGGCACUCGGUUCAUGUGCGGCCUAGAAAACGGAACCGUCAUCUCGGGCAACCGGAAGGGAAAAACUCCCGCUGAAAAAUUAGCCGUCAGAUUCAAAGCCCAGUACGGGCCAGUAAUAAGCGUCGAGCGAAACCCGACUUUCGUCAAGAACUUCCUAUCGGUCGGCGACUGGACAGCUCGAAUCUGGUCGGAGGACUGCCGGGAAUCCUGCAUAAUGUGGACUCCGGGCCACGGUGUCCUGCUGACCGACGGCGUAUGGAGUCCGACCAAGUAUUCCGUGUUCUUCCUCGCGAAAAACGACGGCACACUGGACGCCUGGGACCUGCUCGUGCAGCAAGACAAUCCGGUCCUGAGCGUGAAAGUGUGCGACGACGCGCUGACUUGCAUCAGGCCACACGAACAGGGCCAACUAGUCGCUGUUGGUAGUAAGAAUGGCUCGGUUUAUAUGCUGGAAUUUUCGGAGAGCCUCACCGUCAAUCAGAAGAACGACAAACUGCUCCUGACAGCUCUUCUGGAUAGGGAGACGAGGCGAGAGAAGGUGAUCGAAGCGAAGAACCGCGAGCUGCGUUUGAAGAUGAAGACCGUACGUCAAGAUUCGGGUGAUCACGCCGACGCAGCGACGAGACGAAGUUUAGACGAUCUGAAGGAUCCUCUCAUCGUCCAGUGCGAACAGGAGUACCAAGCGGCUAUCGAAGCGGAAAUGGCCAAACAGGCCACGAUGGACAACGCGGAAGUGAACAACAACGUCUACACGCCUUGAGAUAAUUGUAACGCUCCUUUGCAUGAAUCAGUUUGAAAUAAAUACUCGGGAAAAUUA